AUGACGGCAGGGCGUCCCGCUUCUGACGACGACGAGGUUGUCCUUGUCUGUACGGGUGAUUUUCGAGAGGCAAUGAAUGAUCUCAUGGGUCCUAGCGCUUGGCCUUUGCCUGAAUUGUAUAUUUCAGUCUACAGUCAUAAGAGACGCCAGCAGCUUCACAAAGUACCAAAACUUAGCCUCUUAAAUAAUAACCCAUUCUGGCUUACCCACCGAAUUGUCCUGGUAUCCUUCCCGUUGCAUGCUCCUGAUACCUUUCCAAUCACCCGUGAAUCCUACCCUCUCCAUCGUCCUGGUAUCCUACCUUUGCCAUCGCUCCGGUAUCCUACCUUCUCAAUUGCCCUGGUAUCCUACCCUCUCCAUUGCCCUGGUAUCCUAUCCUCUCCAUCACUCUGGUAUCCUACCCUCACCAUCGUCCUGAUAUCCUACCCUCUCCAUCACCCUGGUAUCCUACCCUCUCCAUUGCCCUGGUAUCCUACCCUCUCCAUCGCCCUGGUAUCCUACCCUCUCCAUCGUCCUGGUAUCCUACCCUCUCCAUCGCCCUGGUAUCCUACCCUCUCAAUUGUCCUGGUAUCCUGCCCUCUCAGUUGCCCUGGUAUCCUGCCCUCUCCAUCGCCCUGGUAUCCUGCCCUCUCAGUUGCCCUGGUAUCCUACCCUCUCCAUCGCCCUGGUAUCCUGCCCUCUCCAUCGCCCUGGUAUCCUACCCUCUCCAUCGCCCUGGUAUCCUACCCUCUCCAUCACCCUGGUAUCCUACCCUCUCAGUUGCCCUGGUAUCCUACACUCUCCACCGCCCUAGUAUCCUACCCUCCCUCGCCCUAG